AUGGAAGAAAGACAUGGUUGAAGGGAAGUGAUCGAUUGUGGCUGGAAGGAAAAUUUCUGCAAAAAUCAAAGGAAUUUGGGGAAAAUCAAAGGUAAAUUCCGUUUCAAUUCAAGGUGUCUUGGGUGUAGAAAUAGGAAAUUUAAAAGAUGAGAGGGGAUUAUGGGUGAAAGCUAGUAAUUUAAAAGAUGUUAGGGUUUAGGUAUUCCAUCUUUUUCUCUUCACCUCAAAAGAUUUUCUGGGUGUUUCAGGAGUUGAAAGAUGGUAAAUUCGUGGAGGAGAAGGGAAAAUCCAGAAUUUGUCCCUGAUUUUUAAGGCAAAAAUACAGUAUUUCUUUAAGAAAAAAAAAGAAAAAGAAAAAAAGAAACCAAUCAAAAUUCAGAGAACUUGAACCCUCCCAUCCUCUUUUAUCCUUGAUUGCCUUUGUAAUGUUGGGUAGGAUUGUGAAAGUGAGGUGAAGAAGUUGUUCCUGCUGUAUCACUGGAAUCCCUGAACUGUAAUACUCACAUCAAUCCUAUCGCAGAGAUAAGGCUGCAGUAGAGUGGUCAUGGAUUGGCUCAGUGCUUCUGCACAUCUUGUGAUAGUUUCUGAUCUUGUUCAUACAAUUAAUGGUUGAUCAUCAUGAUGUUGAGAAUCUAUCCCUACUCUGCAUGCUUUAUAUAUCAUGCCCAGGUGAAAAUAAAAAGUCCCUGGUAGUUUGGAGUGUUGGCUGAUGGAUUAACUUGAGUAUAGGAUCCAUCUGCUGUAAUUGUCCAUCCAUCUGGUGUUGAGAAAACUCUACAUGAACGCAUACAUGAAUUGAAAGGGUGGUAUGGAGACAAGCAGGGAAAAAAGUUUCGGGUUUGGGUGCAUCGUGUGUUAUCUACACAGAUUGGUUCAAACACAUGGCUGGUGAAUUUCGAUAAGUGGGAGCAGUGUGGUAAUGUGCGGUGCUGUUGUGCAACCACUGGAAAGAUCAGUGCUAAGGAGGGCGAUGGUUCACCUUGAUGCAUGUACAAUAGACGUAGCUGCAAGGAUCAAAAAUGAAAGAUCAUUCAGCCUGGCUGUUCUAGAUUGAUAUCAAACACUAUCCCUGAGCUUUCCAGCUCCAGAGUAUUCUUCAGUAUUCAAUUGAAGUAAAUGUACUAAUGAUGCUAAUAUUUCUUUUUUUGUAUAAGACUAUACAGAGUCACAAAAUAUCGGAGGUCAUUCCCUUCGUAACUUUAAGUAAUAAUCAUUUACAUCUCUC